AUGCCGAAGUAUCUCAAGUGUGAGAAAGAAGUUUAUUUUGCUGAAGGGGUGACAUGCUUGGGGAAGGACUGGCAUCGCCCCUGCCUGAAAUGUGAAAAAUGUGGAAAGACACUGACAUCAGGAGGCCACGCAGAGCAUGAAGGAAAGCCCUAUCGUAACCAUCCCUGCUAUGCAGCCAUGUUUGGGCCCAAUGGCUUUGGAAGAGGAUGAACUGAAAG